ACAUUAUCAGGCAUGUGACAGAGGCCCCACCUAGCACAGAGCAGCAGACACAAGCAGACAGAGACAUGUGGCAACAACUCCUGGACAAUGGCAGGUCGGCCUUCAAUGACCACUGGCCCCAGAGCUUGCUGGUCCCAGCUGCAGUUGGGGUCGGGGGGAUUCUGGUUGGCUGGAAGCUGUGUGGACGGACGAAGAGAACCAUUGAGAUUGGCGAUGGGUGGUGGGGAUCUGGCGAGAGACCUCUGCAGAGCGAGAACAUCAGUGUGAGACCUAUGCGCAUAGCAGUGUCUGAUGCCGAAAUUAAGGAUCUCCAUGAACGUCUGGAUCGCACUCGAUACUUUUCACCACUAGAGGACUCUAAAUUCCACUAUGGAUUUAAUGCGACUCAUCUCAGAAAGGUGAUUUCCUAUUGGAGGAACAAGUUUGACUGGAACAAGCAGGUGAAAAUCCUCAACACCUAUCCGCACUACAAAACCACCAUAGAAGGUCUGGAUGUGCAUUUUGUACACGUGAAACCUACAAACCUUGCCCCUGGACAGAAAUCGCUUCCGCUGCUUAUGAUUCAUGGUUGGCCUGGGUCCUUCUAUGAAUUUUAUCGUAUUAUUCCACUGCUGACCGAGCCAGCCAAACAUGGUCUGAACCCAAACAUUGUCUUUGAGGUGAUUUGUCCAUCUAUUCCAGGAUACGGCUUCUCCGAGGCCUCUCACAAGAAGGGCUUUACGGCUUUUGAUGCUGCACGGAUAUUCUACAAGUUAAUGCUCAGGCUGGGAUUUAAUGAGUUUUAUCUGCAAGGAGGAGACUGGGGCAGUCGGAUUACUACACUUUUAUCUCAGAUGAAGCCAGAGUCUGUGAAAGGUUUGCACCUCAAUUUUAUUAUGCUGCCCCAGGGAGGUGCAGGGCGGCUGAUAUCUCUGGUUCUUGGGCGAUAUGUACCUUGGUUAGUGGGACUGACAAAAGAAGAUGCAAAACGAAUAUAUCCAUAUCUUGAGAAGAAUGUCUAUGCAAUAUUACUGGAAUCUGGGUACCUGCACAUCCAGGCUACCAAACCAGACACUGUAGGUUGCGCACUAAACGACUCACCUGCUGGACUCGCUGCGUAUAUUCUAGAAAAGUUUUCAACCUGGACAGACAAUGCAUUUCGGGAUCUUGAAGAAGGUGGUUUAGAAAAGAAAUAUUCAAUGGAUGAUCUUCUCACAAAUGUUAUGAUCUACUGGGUGACUGGAUCCAUCACAUCUUCCAUGAGAUUCUACAAGGAGAACUUCCCCAGAAACUACAGCACAACUCCAGAUACAAAGGUCGGUGUAUAUGUGCCCACUGGCCUGGCUGCCUUCCCAUGUGAACUGGUUCAUGGCCCACGUAUAUGGGCAAAACAGAAGUUCCGGAACAUUGUAACUUACACAUACAUGCCACGUGGGGGCCACUUCGCUGCCCUGGAGGAGCCUGAGUUGCUGGCAAAGGAUAUACAGAACUUUGUGUCGCGAGUAGAGAAGAUAUGAGGCACGAGUGCACGCAGAUAACACUGUAUUCUUCACAUCAAUCAGGAAUAAACAUAACAUUUAGAUGAUCAGUAAAUAAUAUGUACAUGUUACUUGUCACCUGCUGAGGUCUGUCAGACGCACUAGCGCUAACAAAGGGACAGCAGUUUUAGGACUUAAAUUGAUUGAGUAGUAAGGGGCAGCUAUAAAGCAGUUUGCUAACUAACAUUGUACAUAAGUAACAGGGGCAUGAAACCCAGCAUUUGUCUUUCAUGACUCAGACAGAACAUACAGUUUUAUAACGUUCCAAUUUAUUUCUAUUAUCAAAUUUGCUUCAUUCUCUUGGUAUCCUUUGCUGAAGGAGCAGAACUGCACUACUAUCUGCACACAUUGGGUGAGACAAUGACAAGAGGCAAAUAGAUAAUAAGCGUCAAUUGGAUUUUUUUUUAACCGUACUAUUGGAAUAAUAAAUGUUUAAUUUUGACUUUACUGUUACUUUAAUCUCACAUAGAGAAUAUUGCAAGUUACUGAUCAAUAAAAGGGAAGACAUUUCAUACCAAA